ACACCAUUGGCUAUCCGUCUCCGAAGCUCAUCUCUGAUUGGCCAAAGCAUCUGUUGUUUCCGCUGCAUGUCAGCUCCACUGUGGCGUUUUUUGAGGACCUCUGCUGAUACGAAUUGAAAACACAAAACCUCUGGAUCCUGAGUGGUUGGCCAUGGCGUCUGACUCCCCGCGCAGACCGAGCCGCUGUGCUGGUGGGGUUGUGGUUCGAGCACAGGCUGCAACAGAGCAGUCAUACAUGGAGAGCGUAGUUACGUUCUUGCAGGAUGUAGUCCCUCAGGCAUAUACUGGGACGCCUCCUAUUGAUGAAAAAGAGAAGAUAGUUUGGGUCCGUUUUGAAAGAACAGACAUCAAUGAUGUGGCUCGCUUACCAGAGUUCCAAGAGAUGCACGGGAGCGGCACUGACCCGCCUCUCUGCUUGAUGAUUGGAUACGCCGAUGGAAUGCAGAUUUGGAGCAUAUCACUGAACGGUGAAGCACAGGAGCUGUUCUCGGUGAGGCAUGGACCUGUGCGAACUGCUAGGAUCCUGCCUGCUCCUCAUAUCAGUUCCCUCAACACUGACAGCUUCGCUGAGAAACGCCCCCUCCUCGGCGUGUGCAAGAGCACGGGCUCUUCGGGGACAAGUCCCCCUUAUUGUUGUGUGGAUCUUUAUUCUUUGAGGACAGGAGAGAUGGUCAAGUCCAUACAGUUUAAAACACCCAUCUAUGAUCUGCAUUGCAACAAAAGGAUCCUCGUCGUUAGUCUUCAGGAAAAGAUCGCUGCCUUUGACAGCUGCACCUUUAUGAAAAAGUUCUUUGUCACAAGCUGCUACCCCUGUCCUGGGCCCAACCUCAACCCUAUAGCUCUGGGAAGCCGGUGGUUGGCCUAUGCUGAGAACAAGCUGAUCCGGUGUCAUCAGUCCCGUGGUGGGGCCUGUGGAGAUAAUGCCCAGUCCUACACUGCCACUGUCAUCAGUGCUGCUAAAACAUUGAAGACGGGCCUGACAAUGGUGGGGAAGGUUGUGACCCAGCUCACCGGUACACUCCCAUCAGGGGCAACUGACGAGGACAGCACUGCCCAUAGUGGCACCCGCCGCAGCCCUCACCAGCCUGGUGUGGUCACCAUCAUAGACACACACUCUGUGGGAGAAGGACAGGUUCUUGUUAGUGAGGAUUCUGAUGGAGAAGGAGUGAUUGCGCAUUUUCCAGCACACGAUAAGCCUAUAUCCUGCAUGGCGUUUAAUCCGAGUGGUAUGUUACUGGUGACUGCAGACACCCUUGGCCAUGACUUCCACGUUUUCCAAAUCUUGACUCACCCAUGGGCGUCUUCCCAGAGUGCAGUUCAUCAUCUAUACACGCUUCACAGAGGAGAGACUGAGGCUAAGGUGCAGGACAUCUGCUUCAGCCACGACUGCCGCUGGGUGGUGAUCAGUACACUUCGAGGUACCUCUCAUGUCUUUCCCAUCAAUCCGUACGGUGGAGCGCCAUGUGCACGCACGCACAUGUCUCCACGUGUGGUCAAUCGCAUGAGCCGUUUCCAGAAGAGUGCCGGACUGGAGGAGAUCGAGCAAGAGCUGAGCAGCAAACAGGGCGGCCGGUGUAGCCCCAUUCCUGGCCUCUCUAGUAGCCCAUCUGGAUCACCACUGCAUGCCAAACUCACCAGUCAAGAAUCCUUUAACAACUUUACCAACAACAACAUGGGUAACCCACGGCUGACUCCAUUAGCCAGUUUGACGGUCGUGCUUCCUCUGGCUCAGAUCAAGCAGCCGAUGACCUUGGGCACCAUCACCAAGCGCACCGGCAAAUCGAAGCCGCCUCCCCAGAUCUCUCCCAGUAAGUCCAUUGGUGGGGAGUUCUGCGUGGCUGCAGUCUUCGCCUCCUCCCGCUCUUGGUUCAUCACCAACCCCACCAUGAAGAGAGAGAAAGAUCAGUCUCGGCAGGCUGUCGUUGAAUCACUGUACAUCCUGAGUUGCUACGGAAAUCUGGUGGAGCAUGUGCUGGAACCUCGUCCAAUCAGCACGGCGCAAAAGAUAGGCGACGACACGCCUCUGGAGCUGAACACCUGUCCAAGAGCCUGUUGGAAUCUUGCCAGGACACCACAGUGGAAUGAGCUACAACCACCUUUCAACAGCAACCACCCCUUGGUGCUGUCCUCAGACUUCGUGCAGUACUAUCAAUACCUCCUGGCUGGGUUGGCUCCUCCUGGCAGCCCUGGCCCCAUUACCCGACAUGAGUCUUAUGACAGUCUGGCGUCCGAUCACAGUGGCCAGGAAGAUGAAGAAUGGCUCUCACAGGUGGAGAUUGUGACCCACACAGGCCCUCACAGGAGACUUUGGAUGGGCCCUCAGUUUCAGUUCAAGACCAUCCAUCCGUCGGGUCAGACCACUGUCAUCUCCUCCAGCUCCUCUGUGCUGCAGUCACAGGGGCCCAGCGACACCCAGCAGCCUCUCCUUGAUUUCGACACAGACGACCUGGACCUGCACAGCCUCAGGAUCCAGCCGGUGCGUUCAGAACCCGUUAGCAUGCCCGGUUCCUCUCGCCUGGUGGCGGACCGUAGAGGCCAGUCGACAGUCAUAGAUACCGGCUCAGGUAUAUCCUAAAGGACGCUCGUUCUGCCGGUUAUCGUUUCUGCCUUUCCCUUUUGUUAUCAAUUAUUAUUAUUUCUGCCCUCUUUUUUACGCAUGCACAACCAAUCCAUCACUCCUCCCUUUUCAUCCUCCAUUCCUCCCUUCAUUUCUUUCAUUGAUUUACCAUCAAUAUGUGUGAGAGUGAAGAAGAAAGGAGAGGAGUGGAGAGAGGAGAGAGGAGCGGACGGGAGAGAGGAGGUCCGCAGCCCAGCGCAACACCCCCUGCCACCGGUGCUCAUAGGGGCGCUAGUACAAAAUGUGGAUCAGAAACCAACUAAUGAUCGCCGUGUAACAAACACUUACCUACAGUACCAGCUGGCUCGUUUUUUUGCACCCAUUUGGACCCUUCAGACUAAAAGUUGUCCUCAAAAAGAGGAGUGUUGCACAAUACUGAAUUCAGGGCUGUGCCACUAAGUAGGUGAAAACAAGUCAUGAUUUUACUGUGUUCAAACAUAGCACAAACAGAUCUUCAUUAGUAAAUGAAUUGGUCUGAUAGAAAUAAAAGCACAAAAAGCCAGAUAUGUGUGUCCAUUAGCUCCCUUUAUCUGGCAACAUUUAUCAUCUAUAGCAGAGCUUUAACUAGUGCCAUGAAUGCUGAGGACCCUCUGCCAGCUAUAUGGAGAUGUUCUAAAAUGUAUAGCAAUAUUAAAAAAGAAAAUGCUUUAGAUUAGUAAAUGCAUGUCAUGAAAAACACUAGUUCAAUUUCAUUAUUGCAGUUGUUUAAUAUAUUCAUGUUAUCCAGUGUCCUAAGCUUACAUCAAACAGUGUCCUAACCAGAUGCUACACCGUACAGUGACGAGGUGUUUUUUAAUUAGUUUUUGUCCUUUAGUUUCUGUUAUGCCGUUCUCUCUGUCCAUAAAGCCUGUGAGCCUUCAAAAAUACAUUUCUUUAAUGUUUUAAACUCUUAUGCUCACAAGGGCUACAUUCAUUAGAUCAAAAUACUGAACUGUCAUGAAAAAUCAUCAACAUUUAAAGUAACAAUUUUCUUUUUCCCCUAUUAUGGCAAAACUAAAUUUUCAGUAGCCAUAACUCCGGUCUUGAGUGUCACAUGUUCCUUCGGAAAUUAUUCUAAUAAGCCGAUUUGGUGCUCAAGAAAAAAUUUAUUAUUAUUGUCAAAGUUAAAAACAGUUGUGCUUGUAUUUUAUUUUAUUUUUUAUUUUUUUAUUUUUUUGUAAACCAUGCUAUUUUUUUUUAGGGUUUGAUUGAUCGAAAGUUUAAAAUAACAGCAUUUGUUUCUUUCAUCACUUUUGAUCAGUAUAAUGCCUCCUUGCUAAAUAAAAGCAUGAAUAUCUUUCAAAAAAAAAAUCUUUCCGACCCCAAACAAUUGAACAGAAAUGUUAUUAUUAUAUAAUGUUAUUAUAACUAUUAUUUUCUUCGUAAUUUAAUUCAUUGUAAUUUGGCUUCCUUACAUUCAAACUCAAAUUCAUUGUGGCUUUUUGGUAUUUGAGGAAAAGCGAGAAAUAAACUGUGUACUAACCAGUGUCUAUCAACACCAAAUCCAAUAAAUAAUUUAACUGCAAUUUCUGCCACAAUCAACCAUUGGUUAUUGCUUAGACUUUGCAGCUAGUAACACAAAUUUCAAUUAUUUCUGCUGUAUAAAUAUUAGUUGAAAUAUCAGUAAAAAUAACCCCUGGCUAUGUUUGCUCUGUGCUGUGAUGUGACUAAUGCCAUAUGUGUGACUAGAGGAGUUGUGUCUAUAUUCGGCGUGCGUCUAGAAAAGACAAAUAAAAUAUUGAAAUAUU